UAAACCGUUAGACGGAAGUGAAACUCAGCUGCUCCAUUUUGUUCCGAGAUGAAAAUAAAAUAUUCCAGGAGUAAAAGCUAAAGCUCUGAUAUAUAAACGCUCUAAAUGAAGACGUUUAGAGUUAAUAUGAGGAGUUUUGUUGGUUUGUACUGAAGUUUUUAAUGUACACAGGUUGUUUUAUGACUUGAUAUCGUGUGUAUAGUGUUUGAUUUAACACACCGAUGUUGGAGUGAAGUAAACGUGUGUCCUGCUGUAAUCUGGAGAAGGAGACAUGACCUCCAACAUGAGUGUGUCUGGAAAACAGGACUUAAAGAAAGACGAGAGAAUGAUGGAGGGAAAGAGAUCAGACUCACCAGAACCCAGCUGUGUGUCCAUGAAGAGUGACUGGUCAAUGGAUCAUCCAAUUCACUUCAGAGACAGAGACAGUUCUACUGAUGUGAGACCACAAAAGAAGAAAUCAAACAUCAGCAGAAAUCAGCUGGACUCCAUAUUCAAGGAGCUGGAACACAAAGUCAUCACUCUGAUAAAGAAUGAGCUGAAGAGGUUUAGGAAGCUCCUGAGUCCAGAUUACCCAGCAUGCACUGAGAGGGAGGUGGAGGAUGAGGAGGAUCUGCACAGUGUCAGAGAGGGAGCUCUGAAGAUCACACUGCACUUCCUGAAGAACAUGAAGCACACAGAUCUCGCUAACACACUGCAGAACAAACUCGUGUAUCAGACAAAGCUGAAAUCCAACCUGAGAGACAAGUUUAAAAGAAUUAAUGAAGGAAUCUCACAGCAUGGAAGAUCAGCACUUCUGAAUGAGAUCUACACAGAGCUCUACAUCACAGAGGGUUGGAGUGGAGACGUCAAUAAUGAACAUGAGGUGAGACAGAUUGAGACAGCGUCCAGGAGACCAGCAACACAGGAGACACCCAUCAACUGUAAUGACCUCUUUAAGGACAAGUCCAUCAGAACUGUGCUGACUAAAGGAGUUGCUGGAAUUGGAAAAACAGUCUCUGUGCAGAAGUUCAUUCUGGACUGGACUGAAGGAAAAUCAAAUCAGGACAUCACCUUCAUGUUUCCACUUCCCUUUAGAGAGCUGAAUCUGAUGAAGGAGAAAAAUCUCAGUCUGAUGAAUCUUCUUCAUCACUUUUCCCCAGAAAUAAGAGAACUAGAAUCAAUAGACUGUGACUCCUACAAAGUGGUGUUGAUCUUUGAUGGUCUGGAUGAGUGUCGACUUCCUCUAAAUUUCCAGAAGAAUGAGAGAUUGUGUGAUGUGACAGAGUCAGCCUCAGUGGAUGUUCUGCUGACGAACCUCAUCAAGAGGAAUCUGCUUCCCUCUGCUCUUCUCUGGAUAACCUCUCGACCAGGAGCAGCCAAUCAGAUCCCUCCUGAGUGUGUAGACCAGGUAACAGAGGUACGAGGGUUUAAUGAUCCUCAGAAAGAGGAGUACUUCAGGAAGAGGAUCAGUGAUCAGAGCCUGGCCAAUAAAAUCAUCAGACACAUGAAGUCUUCAAGAAGCCUCUACAUCAUGUGCCACAUCCCAGUCUUCUGCUGGAUCUCAGCCACUGUUCUAGAGAGAAUGUUGGGUGAAGCAGAGAGUGGAGAGAUCCCCAAGACUCUGACUCAAAUGUUUACACACUUCCUGAUCUUUCAGAUCAAACACAAGGAUGAAAAGUACCUUCAGAAACAUGACCCUGAUCCUCAGCAGACCAGAGAGAGUAUCCUGGCACUGGGAAAACUGGCUUUCCAGCAGCUGGAGAAAGGAAACCUGAUCUUCUAUGAGGAAGACCUGAGAGAGUGUGGCAUUGAUGUCAGAGAAGUGUCAGUGUACUCAGGAGUGUGUACCCAGAUCUUCAGAGAGGAGUUUGGGCUUCACCUGGGGAAGGUGUUCAGCUUUGUACAUCUGAGUGUUCAGGAGUUUCUGGCUGCUUUAUACGUGUUUUUCUGCUUUAAAUUUAGAAAGACAAAUGUGCUUGUGGAGCAAAGCACUGGACUUUUUAAUUUCUUCAGAAAUCCAAACAUGUCUGAUCUCCUCAGGAGUGCAGUGGACAAGGCCUUACAGAGUGAGAAUGGACACCUGGACCUGUUCCUCCGCUUCCUUCUGGGUCUCUCACUGGAGUCCAAUCAGACUCUCUUACGAGACUUAAUGCCACAGACAGGAAGUAGUUCUCACAGUAAACAGGAAACAGUGGAGUACAUCAAGGAGAAGAUCAGGGAGAAUCCAACUCCAGAGAAAUCCAUCAAUCUGUUCCACUGUCUGAAUGAACUGAAUGAUCAUUCUCUAGUGCAGGAAGUACAGACUUAUGUGAACAGAAAAAAAUACUUUUGUCUCAGUGGAUCCAGUCUCUCUCCUGCUCAGUGGUCAGCUCUGGUGUUUGUGUUACUGACCUCAGAACAGGAGCUGGAUGUGUUUGAUUUGAGUAAAUAUGAUCGAUCGGAGGAUUGUCUUCUGAGACUGCUGCCAGUGGUCAAAGCCUCCAGAAAAGCUGUUCUGUUUCAGUGUAAUCUGACAGAGGAAAGCUGUAGAGCUCUGUCCUCAGUUCUCAGCUCAAACUCCUCCAGUCUGAGAGAACUGAACCUGAGUUACAAUAAACUGCAGGAUUCAGGAGUGAAGCUGCUCUCUGCUGGACUGAAGAAUCCACACUGUACACUGGAGAUACUGAGGAUGAGGAGCUGCAGUAUUACAGAUGAAGGUUGUGCUGCUCUGGCUUCAGCUCUGAGGUCAAACUCCUCAUCACACCUGAGAGAACUGGAUCUGGACGGUAAUAAUCCAGGAGAAUCAGGAGUGAAGCUGCUCUCUGAUCUACUGAAGGAUCCACACUGUAAACUGGAGACACUACAUCUGUGUCGGUGUAAUCUGACAGAGGAAAGCUAUAGAGCUCUGUCCUCAGUUCUCAGCUCAAACUCCUCCAGUCUGAGAGAACUGAACCUGAGUCACAAUAAACUGCAGGAUUCAGGAGUGAAGCUGCUCUCUGCUGGACUGAAGAAUCCACACUGUACACUGGAGAUACUGAGGAUGAGGUACUGCAGUAUUACAGAUGAAGGUUGUGCUGCUCUGGAUUCAGCUCUGAGGUCAAACUCCUCAUCACACCUGAGAGAACUGGAUCUGUACGGUAAUAAUCCAGGAGAAUCAGGAGUGAAGCUGCUCUCUGAUCUACUGAAGGAUCCACACUGUAAACUGGAGACACUACACAUUAAAGAUUAUAAACUCACCAGGUCUGGUGUAUGACCGGAGUCUGACCUCAAACCUCUUGUCCAGGAUAAAGCAGUAGUGGUGAAGCGUUAGAACCCGUCCCACAUUUCCAGCAGUUUGGGAGCUGAAUCAUUCAUAUUCAGAUGUAGAAGUUCCAGAACAAUAACCGUGACUGACCACAUCCUUUUAUCCACUCAGCUACAAGUUACUUCAGGCUUUAAUCACAUAUUUUACAAUCCAAAGUCCAAUCCUUCAGCAUCUACACACAACACAGAGAUAUCAUCACACCAUCACACUGAUUACACAAACACACAUCCAGCUGUUGGAGAUGUUUAUAGUCAAUUUUUACCUCCUUAUUUUUAUAUCACAUUUGUUUCUGCACAGAUGAUUGAGUUACAGUUGUAAUAUUUAUCUUUAUUUUAUUAUUUUUUUAAUUACUUCUUUUCAUAUGUUUUUUGUUUGCUAAUCUGUGUUUAAUUGUAACCAUGGUAACAGGUCUGCUGAUUGAUUUGUUGUUGUAGUGACCCAGUUUUGUAUAUAUGUUGUAUACAUGUCAUUUCCACUGUGUGUAAUUACAGAAUAAACAGUGAGUGUGAGUGAAACACAACAA